AUGCCCACCAGAAGACAAGCUGCCAUGAUGGCUGCUGCGGCCUCGCGCGACGCCUUGAAGCAGGAGGCGUUCCCGAUCGCUCCAGAGAUGCCCUCAGAGCCAUCCAUGUCCGAAGGAGAGCGCGAGCACGAGGCUGACAGGGAAUUCAAAGUAGAAACCGACGAGGGCACGGCAGGUGGCCCGCCAGCCAUUUCUCCAGUUGCUAGGACACUGGAACCUAUCGAGGCUGGUCCCGUUCGCACCAAGUUCCCUACAGCACGCAUCAAGCGCAUAAUGCAGGCAGACGAGGAGGUAGGCAAGGUGGCGCAACAAACCCCCAUUGCCGUUGGCAAAGCUCUCGAGCUGUUCAUGUCACAGCUCGUCACCAAGAGCGCAGAGAUCGCCCGUGCCAAGGGCACCAAGCGAGUCACCGCGCCCAUGCUGAAGCAUGUCGUCGAGAACGACCCUCAGUGGGACUUUCUUCAGGAGAUAGUUGGCAAAGUGCCCGAGCAGGAGAAGGAGGGCAAGGGGAGAUCAAAAGCCGACACAGAAAGCGAAGGGGAAAUAGGCGAGCCUAAGAAGAAAGGCAGAGGGAGAAAGAAGAAGGCUCCCGCCGAGUAA